GGGAGGAGCUUGGCAAAACAGCUCUCCAGGCUGUUCAGCGGAGCCCUUGUGUAGGGGCCGGUCAGAAAUGUUUCAGACAUGUACACAGACCCCCCCACCCCCCUCAGCAGCAGAUUCACAGCUCACACCAGAACACACGAGGCUCUGAGGAGAGCUUCUGUAAAGAAACCCGAAGCCCACCCAGCAUUUCAUACGGUUCCCUCUCCUGGACACCCCCACCCCCACCCUGGAGGCCCUCACAAGCCCUGCUGGGUUCCCUGGAACACAGUUUGGGAAACUAGAAGUUGAAUGAGACUAUACAAUGAGACAGAGAGGUGUCUGUCACUUUGGGAAGGCUGCCUCUAAGGGCAGGCUCUCUGGGAAGCUGGGCAGCAGGUCCUAGGAUGUGUCUCAGAGGUACAAGCUUCAGGAAGGAGACAGUGCUCUCAAAGAUUCUGCCCCCUCCCUGCCCGCUCCAGUCAGAUUCUGGGGCCCUAACAAGCCACACGUGUUAGUGGGUAGGGUCCCUGGCACAGGCCUAUGACUUUGCUCUUCCACUCACAUGGCCCAGCCACAUGGGGAGUGGACCCAGGCUUCUCUCCAGGAAGGUGGCCUGGCCUGCUUAUGCCCCAGGACACAUCCAGGGAGGCAGCUGGUUGCAGGGCUGGUUUAGACUUAGAGCGGUGGAGACUCCUUAGGCCUUAACCCAGACGCCCAUUCCUUCCUUAACAUGAUCCUGCGCUGAGAUUUCAGCCACAAGCAGGGCUAAUCAUAAAGUGUUCUUUUAUUUUCCCUGCAGCUGUUCCUGACGCAUGCAUCUCCUUCAAGGCCUCAGCUUUCAAAGCUGGAUUCUGCACCCAGGUGCUUUCACCUCAUACUAUCCACUAGCAUCCACCCUCUUGUUCCUGCUAACCUGGCCUUGGGAGCAGUGAGGACAGAAGGGACAAGGCCUCUUUCAGAGGCCGCAGAAAGGACCCACCCUGCUGACACCUGGAUCUUAACCUAUAGAGACCGUGCAGACUUGCGACCUGCAAAACUAGUGAAGACUGGCAGACGCUCAUCCAGGCCACGAGCCCCCGGGAUGCUCUGGGAAUGGCUUCUGGAGCCCCCCAGAAGAGCAGCCAGAUGGCCUGUGGCGCAGAGGAGACCUGGGGCUUCCUGGACACGCUCCUGCAAGACUUCCCAGCCCCGCUGAGCCCGGAGAGCCCCGUGCCGUGGAAGGCCCCAGGGACGGCACUCAGCCAGGAGGAGGUGGAGGCCGAGCUGGCGGAGCUGGCUGUGGGCUUCCUGGGCAGCAGGGACGCUCCGCUGCCUCUUGCUGCGUCCCUGGCCCGCGAGGCAGUUUCCCGGCUGCUACAAACGGACCUUUCGGAAUUUAGGAAGUUGCCCAGGCAGGAGGAGGAGGAAGAAGAGGAGGAGGAGACCACUGUGAUCUUGCUGGAUGCCCAAGGCCUGGCACGGAGUUUCUUUAACCUGCUCUGGGAAGUCACCAGCCAGUGGCAGAAGCAGGUACCGCCUACCACCCGGACGCCGCCGCAGCGGCAGUGGCUGGUGUCCGUCCACGCCAUCCGGAACACUCGCCGCAAGAUGGAGGACCGGCACGUGGCCCUUCCCGCCUUCAACCAGCUCUUUGGCUUGUCCGACCCUGUGGACCGCGCCUACUUUGCCGUGUUUGACGGUCACGGAGGGGUGGACGCCGCGAGGUACGCCGCUGUCCACGUGCACGCCAACGCUGCCCGCCAACCAGAACUGCCCAUGGACCCCGAGGGAGCCCUCAGGGAAGCCUUCCGGCUCACCGACCGGAUGUUUCUCAGGAAAGCCAAGCGAGAGCGGCUGCAGAGCGGCACCACAGGCGUGUGCGCGCUCAUCGCGGGGACGGCCCUGCACGUCGCCUGGCUCGGGGACUCCCAGGUCCUCCUGGUGCAGCAGGGACAGGUGGUGAAGCUGAUGGAGCCACACAGACCUGAGCGACAGGACGAGAAGGCGCGCAUCGAGGCACUGGGUGGCUUUGUGUCGCACAUGGACUGCUGGAGAGUCAACGGGACCCUGGCCGUCUCCAGAGCCAUCGGGGACGUCUUCCAGAAGCCCUAUGUGUCCGGGGAGGCAGAUGUGGCUUCCCGGGAGCUGACGGGCUCCGAGGACUACCUGCUGCUCGCCUGUGAUGGCUUCUUCGAUUUCGUCCCCCACCAGGAAGUCGCAGGCCUCGUGCAGAGCCACUUGGUUAGGCAGCAGGGCAGCGGGCUCCGUGCCGCUGAGGAGCUGGUGGCUGAGGCCCGGGAGCGCGGCUCCCACGACAACAUCACAGUCAUGGUGGUCUUCCUCAGGGACCCCCAAGAGCUGCUGGAGGGUGGGGUCCAGGGGUCAGGGGACUCCCAGGCAAAUGGGAGGAGCUGCGACUUGCCCCCUGGCCUCUCAGAGCCCCAGACCACCGAGGCUCCACGGAGGAGCUAGGUGGUCCCGGCCCCUGCUUGGCGCCCCUCAGAGUCCCGGGAGGGCAGGCGGCAGUGGGCAGGGUGGCCACCCACACAGCACUUUCCCCAGCACUCCAGGUGCUUGCCACGGCCUGUCCUGGUGGCUGCAGAACUGCACUGAGCAGAAGGAACCCGGGGAGGCCUCACCAAAGAAGAGAAGGUGGCCCAGAAAAGGGACAAGCUCCUGCUCCUGGCUCCCAUUGGGCCAGGGAUGGGACCAGAGGCCAUAGGUGCCUGGCGGGAGCCAAACCAAAGACACUGCUGUGUGGUGGAGCAACGCAGUCGUGGGGGUGGGCCCCUCCAGCCCACCCAGGAGCCACAGACUUCUUCAAGCGCGUCCCAGGGCUGUGCGCACAGGCAGGGUGUCAGCCUGGAUUUCUCCUCACGGGGGUGGGUGGGGAGGCUUUGUGCUGACAGGUAGGUAUGCCUUGGUUGGCCGCACCUGCUCACCCCGAGAGGAGAGAGCAGCCCUGCGGAAAGGGGCACCGGGUCUGCGGGGCCGCCCCCUCCACAGGCCCGGGCGACUCUGGCCACGCUUCCCUGGGGCACCCCGGGGAGGUGAAGCUCAGAACGUGUCUUUUGUUUGUGUGUUUGGUUUUUUUCCCAGGGAAAAUUAGAAUUCAGAAGCAGUAUUUCAGGUUUUUAUCAGUGCCAAGGUGAUCCAUUGUGUCAUAUAAUUUAAGCAGAGCUUAGUGUUUAUUUUAUUUCUUAGAAAACUUAAGUAUUUACUUUUUUUUAAAGGUAUUUUUUAAGGAAACUUUUUUUGCAGUAUUACUGAAUUUAUUUUCUAAAUCAGGAUUGGAACAGAAGCUUUUCCAGGUGAUGGCAAUAAGCCACUCAAGUGCCUUAGACAGCUUUAGGCGCGGCUAGAACUGCCGCGCCGGCCGUGGAUUCUGAUAGGCGAGUUGAAGUCUUUGCAAAAGCAGGGUUUGUUUUCUUGGGGAGUGUGAUUUGGGCUGGAAUUUUUCUGGAAGAGUUCUUUCUGCCUCUUGGUGAUUUGGAGUGCCCAGGAGUGUCGCUGAGGGGCCUCUGUGUGGCAGUGUCUGGCCCGGCAGCAGGGACUGUGGCCAGUGGCCCAGCCGCCGCCACACGCAGCCCUGGGCCCUGGCUGGAGCCAGGCAGUGAGACCUUGCUGACUGGCUGGGAUGUCCCCGAAUGUUUUGUGUAUUUGUAAUCAGAUUGGUCUCAUGGGGAAAGAUGCUUAGUUAAGAGGCUCUGUCGAGCCCAGAGGCAGCCUGUAGGUCUCCGGCUUUGUCUGGAGGCAGCAGGGGUGCUGCUGGGAGUCUGAUGGCACAGGCCACAGCCCCUGCCUCGCCCGUGGCUGGCAGCCUCCCCUGCCUUGCUCUGCCCGUGGCCUGAGCAGCUGGUGCUCGUUCUCCGGCGUACCCUGGGGAGGCGGGGCUGGCAAGCGACCAUGCUUGGGUGCCUUGGGGGUUCACAGAGCAUGUGCAGAAGCAAGAGUGGUAGAGCUGGGCACCAGGCGAGGACAGGGACACAGGUUGGCCAGCUCAGGAGGUCCCCAGGGAACAGCCUUAGAAGGGCUGGGCUGCAAAUAGGGCUGCUUCGGGCAGAGGCUCAAGGUCUCCUGAUAAAAAGCAUCUUAAACGUAGUCACUGUCAUUCAGAGAACAGUUGGCCACCAGCAAUGACCCAGUAUUGCUUGACUUAACUUGAAAGCCCUCUGCUUCCUGGGGGCCAGAAAUAGGGGCUCCUGGGUGCCCUCUUGGCACAGGACUGCCAGCCUGUCCUGCUCUUAGCAUGACCUUGACAGAGGAAGGGAGCUAUUGGCUGCUGUUUUUCUCUUUUCUUUGCUAAUCUUAUUCUGUUCAUGCCUGCCAAGAGUGGAGUUUCACCCCAUGGAGGUUUGGAUCACCCCGUUUGGUGGUGUGGUUCACCCUGGCCGGAGGCUCUACCAGGAGAUCUUCCCAGGCUUGUCUGAAUGCCUCCCCAGACCCCUGUGCCAGGCUGCAUGGGGACAGCUGUGCCCUGCCUGGCACAUGUCUGACAGCCAGCAUCCAGGGCUGCUCUGCCCUUGGCUUGGGGCCACGGGAGCCCUCAUUCUCCUCCUGUGCAGGGCUGACCUUGUGCUGGCACCUGGACGCAGAGGAGGGCUGCUCCAUCCUGAUUAGAGCUGGACUGGGAGUCACCAGGCACCUCCAGCCUCUGAGACUCCUGGGCCACCUCCUCUUCAGGCCACGGUCCCAUAGGGAGCCCUAGCCAGGGACACUGGUCUGGAAAUCUUAAUUUCCUUCUCAAGCCCCAGCUUGGCCACUUGUUUAUUAUAUGAGUUUAGCAAGUCAUUGCACCCCCCUCAGGCCUCAGUUUCCUUUUUAUAAGGCGCAGGGGUUGUGCUGAGUCUGCAGGGGAGAUGCUGCUAGAGCCCAGGGCCCUUCCCCCACUGCCAGCAGGGAGGGGUGAUUAAGUAUUAUUAGUGUCUAUUCUUAAAAAUUAAGUGGGUUGGAAAAGAAUCCAGCUCCAGAUGCCAGCACCUUAUAUGGAGUACAAGAGCCGGUGCCUGUGGGGACGGGAGGUGCUCCAGGCAGAGUCCCAGAGGCAGCUCCAGCCUCAGAAUAGGAAAUGCGAGUGUUUUAGGGGGCCAGGGACAUGGCGUGGCGUCGGGGUUGGGGUCCCAGGACCCAUGGGAGAAGCACAGGCUCUCUGAGGUCCUGGGCCGGCCCCGCCCCAGCUCUCCCUCCCCGCACCGUGAGCUCUGGUGGGCGCCUGGCUACCUCAGCAGUGUUCCCAGCGCUGGGCGGACAGCCCGGGCCGUCCCCAGGCCUGGCCUCACCCCAGCAGAAUGGAAGCCGGGUGGGCCUGUGUGAAGGAAGCUGUUUUUAGUUCCACUCUCCCCCUGCAGUGCGAGGGGGCAGCCCCCGGGGUCCUGCGCGGCCCGGGCUCCAUGGCUCUGCCAAAUGUGCCAAGUUUGCCGUCCUGUGCCGCGCCCGCCUUGCCAAGGGUUUAUCUGCACGCCCAGUGCGCUUCCUGGGAGUCGUGUUCUGCAGCCGGGUGACUGUUUCCCCUGUUCCUAGGGCCAAGUCCCAAGAUGAAGGGGCCAGAAGGGUUCUCCUGGGGUCCACUGUGCAGAAGUGUCAAUAAACCACGAGUUCUAAUCUGU